AUGCACGUUGAACUUGAACCAGCCAUUUUCCAACCUCCCACUAUCGAAGAUGUAGAAGUCCUUAAAUCUUCUCCAUUGCCUGAUAUGAAGGAGAUACCUACUCACUCUGUCUCCACUAUGAUACAAGAAAAACUCCAAGACCUUACCAGUCAGAAAUUGAAUAGCGAGAAUGAUCAUGAUGAAAAUGCCUUUUUCGUUGCUGAUCUGGGAGAAGUUAUACGUCAAUUUGUACGUUGGAAGACAUUGUUGCCUCGUAUUGAACCUUUUUAUGCUGUCAAAUGCAACCCUGAUCUCAUGGUCGUAAAGUUAUUAGCCUCAUUAGGCUUAGGCUUCGAUUGUGCUUCCAAGCAAGAAAUUCAACAAGUUUUAGAUGUGGGAGUCGACCCCACACGCAUCAUUUACGCAAACCCCUGUAAACAAACAUCUUUCAUUCGCUAUGCUGCUCAACAAAAUGUCAGUCGUAUGACUUUCGAUAAUGCAGAAGAGCUCUACAAAAUCAAGAGACUUUAUCCUGAUGCUGAACUUGUUUUAAGAAUUUUAACAGAUGAUUCUAUGUCAUUAUGCCAACUCGGUCUGAAAUUUGGCGCACCAUUGCACACUGUGCUUCCUUUAUUGAAACUAGCACAAGAAUUAAACCUGAACGUCAUUGGCGUGAGUUUUCAUGUCGGAAGUGGUUGUCUUGACGAAAGUGCGUUCGCCGACGCUGUUAUACGUGCUAGGAAGGUGUUUGAUCAAGCUUCCGAAAUGGGCUUUCACUUUACCCUCUUAGAUGUCGGUGGGGGCUUUCCUGGCGCUGAUGUAAAGGAUGGCAUUACCUUUGAGAAGGUGGCUGCUAUUCUUGGCCCUUUGGUUGAUCGUUGGUUUCCUUCCAGCGUUCGAGUGAUUGCCGAACCGGGUCGUUAUUUUGUCGCUUCUGCUUUUACCGUCUGUACCAACAUCAUAGGUAAAAGAUCGUCCUUAAGUGAGCCCUCUACGGCUGAAAGCGAUAAGCAACAGGUUAUGUACUAUGUUAAUGAUGGUAUGUAUGGAUCUUUCAAUUGCAUCUUGUUUGACCAUCAGGUGGUUCACCCCAAGGUUUUAUUGAGAAGUAAUGCAUUUGUUAUGGGUCAAGAUCUGCCCGAAUCGCUUUUCGAAAGUAGCGUAUGGGGGCCUACUUGUGAUUCUAUUGACUGUUUGAAUAAGUCUACUCUGUUGCCUUUACUUGAGCCAGGAGAUUGGCUCUAUUAUGAAAAUAUGGGUGCGUACACUAUUUGUGCUGCUUCCCAAUUCAAUGGAUUUAAAAAGUCAGAAGUGUUUUAUACGAAUACUUUUUGUUAG